UCCUUGCGCAUGCGCGACCAAGAUGGCGACCGUGCAGGGCAGCGAAGAAGUGUACCUUGGCUUUGACUUCAGCACUCAACAGCUCAAAGUGGUGGCCAUCAAUGAGCAGCUGGAUGUGAUCCACCAGGACAAUGUCCACUUUGACUCUCAGCUUGCACACUUCAGGACUGACGGGGGUGUCCAUGUUGCUGCUGACGGCUUAAGGGUCACGUCGCCUGUUCUCAUGUGGGUCAAGGCGUUGGACCUCCUCUUGGACAAGAUGCAGAAGGCGGGCUUUGACUUCUCCAGCGUGCGGGCGUUGUCCGGCAGCGGUCAGCAACACGGCAGCGUCUACUGGAAGACUGGAGCGUCUCGGACCCUCGAGCAGCUGGACCCUGCCUUCAGCCUUCACCAACAGCUACAGGACAGUUUUUCUGUAGACAACUCUCCGGUGUGGAUGGACUCCAGCACUGGGCUGCAGUGUGAACGUCUGCAGGAGGCAGUAGGGGGCGCUGCGAGGCUGGCUGACAUCACAGGGUCCAGGGCCUACGAGCGUUUCACAGGAAAUCAGAUCGCCAAAAUGCAACAAGAGCAACCGCAAAACUUCCAAGACACUGAGAGGAUCUCCCUGGUCAGCAGCUUUGCAGCGUCACUCUUCCUGGGUGGUUACGCCGCCAUCGACUACAGCGACGGUUCUGGAAUGAACCUUCUGGACAUCAGGACCAAAAAAUGGUCCGAGAUCUGUCUGGAGGCCACUGCUCCAAACCUGGACCGCCUGCUUGGAACGCCACUUCCCUCCGUGUCAGUGCUGGGUCCGGUCUCCUCUUACUGGGUGCGCAGGUUUGGUUUUCCCGACUCGUGUAAGGUGGUGGCCUUCACUGGCGACAACCCAGCGUCGUUGGCGGGAAUGCGACUCCAGCAAGGAGACAUUACUGUGAGCCUGGGCACCAGCGACACAGUGUUUGUGUGGCUCCAGCAUCCUCGCCCCGCCCCUGAGGGUCACGUGUUGGUCAACCCUGUUGACUGGCAGCAGUUCAUGGCUUUGUUGUGCUUCAAGAACGGAUCAUUGACCAGAGAGCGUGUGAGGAACCGCUGUGCUGAAGGAUCCUGGGAGGUCUUCUCAGCUGCCUUGAGAGAAACUCCUCUGGGAAACGACGGCUACAUCGGCUUUUUCUUUGACGUGCUUGAGAUCAUGCCCCGCGCUGUUGGGAUUCAUCUCUUUGACGCAGACAACAACAAGGUGUCCACAGUAAGUGCUCAGGCGGAGGUGCGGGCGCUGGUGGAGGGUCAGUUCCUGUCACGUAGGCUCCAUGCUGAGCUCCUCGGUUACUCCAUCAUUCCAGGAAGUAGAGUUUUGGCAACGGGGGGUGCCUCGUGUAACAAAGACAUCCUGCAGGUGUUGUCUGAUGUCUUCAACGCUCCGGUGUACACAAUUGAUGUGUCCAACUCGGCCUGUCUUGGCUCCGCCUACAGAGCAAUGCACGGUCUGCUUGACAAAUCAGGUGUUUCCUUCUUUGACGUGCUGAAGAAAGCUCCGGAAGCACGACUUGUUGCCACGCCGCAGCCUACUGCACAACAGGUGUACAACCACAUGCUGAAACGCUUCGCCCAAUUGGAGAAGAGAGUAUUGCAGGAACCCACCCUUAAGACACACCUGCGAAUCAAAUUGGACAACAUGAAUACAGACAGCUUUUCUCACUCUUCAUGCUUUAAGGAAAACACCAGAGAGCAGACCUGCCCUCAGAGGAGUGCAUUAGACAACAAUGGCCUGGAAAACAUUGCCUAGGAAGGACUCAUUCACAGCUGCCACACCUUCAGUCCCCUGCGCCCCCAAACAAGAGCCCCAUGCUGCAUUUCCAUCCAAUUUCCACUGCAGAACGUGUUCAUUUUCAGCCUAGUGGCAUGUCAUUUUGCUCCGGCCCUUGGUCAAGAAUUAAUCCUUGAAUCAAAACAGAUUUUCCCGGGCAGCAAUCUUCCAUCAAGUAUUGAUUUAUUUUUUUCUUUUUACACUGGCCGAGCCUGUACUCCCUAAUUUAAGCUGACAGGCAGUAGCACAAUGGAGCACCUUGGCACCUCUCUCAGAUGUACACAACAUAGAACACACACACCCACUAUCUGAUUUAGCUCUAAUUAUCUCUUUGGACUGACCUGGCCAGGUGUGGACAUCAUCAGCCAUCAUUACUGGCCUGUUGACACUUUACUGCUAUGUUUGAGUGAUUCUCUCCCUGCAGCCAUUUUACACAAGAAGAGGGUUUCAUCACGACAAAACCCCCCCCCCCCCCCCCCCCGUAAACACUGAGGCCCUUACUUAUGAGCAGAGAUGUGUCCGAACGUGUCAUCUCUCCCUCUACUCCUGAUGCCCUCACCUAUGCAAUCAUCAUGCAUGGAGAGGAUGAUGGAUCCCGGCUUGUUUUCCUCUCACUCUUGAAGCUGCCAUGACCCCACACACUUUACCACCAGACUAUUUUACUUAAUUAUUCGUCUUUACUCAAGAGGAGUUCAAUAUUAAGUUAGGAAGACAUAUUUUACAGUGGAUCAUCAGAACUCCUAACAGAAUUUUCCACCUGAGAAUUGACGCAAAUAGUUUUAAUCUGUUCCAGGGUCAAACUUUUCAAUAAUGCAUUUAAAGUGACCUUUUAGCAUUUUAAUAGCGUUGCAUGAUUGUCAUACGAUAAAUAGGCCUAAUUUCAAUCGCCAUAUUGUGUUAACGCAUGCCUAUGAUACAAGCCAGCCAUGUACCGCAAAAUUGACAAGCAGCAACAAACGCGUCCUCGCUCGCACGGUGCGCAGCUGCUUCAAUGUUCUCACGGGAAGGAUAGCUAAACAUGCUACACUACAAACCUUAGGAGGAUACGAGAUGCCAUGCUAACAGCUCAGCUAGAGUUCUUGAAUGUAAAGUGGGGUGGGUGGAACGAUACCAAGUAUAGUAUCAUACGGUUAAUACUUUAGUGAUUGUAUCAGUACUUUUGUCACAAAAUUGUUUUGUCAAUUUCGUCGUUUACAAACUCAGGAAAUAAGUCCCUAAACAAAGGAGGACUUAAAGGGCAAUGACCAAAGGACUUACAGUAAAUCUGAGCCAAUAGUAGUUUUUGCCCAAAAUAUUGUAUUUAAGUGAAUAAUUAAAUAAUUUGAAUAUUUAAUUGUGUUUUUGUCUGACUAUAAAUGUAAUUAUUCAAUGAUUUUGAAUACUGCCCCUGUAACUACAAAUUUGUAGUAUCGCCCAAGACUAAUGUAAAGUAUCCAAACAGAAGAAUAAGUGUUUAUUACAUUCAAACAGAAGUGUAGAUUGAACCAUGUUCCAAAAAGUAACCAUCAUUUAACAGUACCGUACAUUACCAAAUACUGUGAUCUCUAUCCUUAUCACAAGAUGCUGAAAUAUACAUUGCAAAUUCGCAAUACAGAUUUUAGGCCCUAUUGCCCAUCCCUACAAUUCAACAUAAGUUAUUAUAUGAUGAAGUGCAAAAAAAAGUGACAAGUAACUAUUGCUGAUAAAAUGUAAAAACCAAGCCGUACCUUUUUGAUGAGCCACCCUUUCUGAAGUUCUAAAAAUGUCCUCUUUGAUUUGUCACUCAUUAACUGUGGAUUUGAACACAAACAUGUUAAAACAGCCAAUUGGCGUUCAGAGGCUUAACUGCCUAUGUCCUUUUAAAUAGAUUCCUGCCUUAAUGACGGGUGGGGCAUGUCACACAAACUUUGCAUCCUGCAUGUCAAGGGUAUCCAAAAUGCGACCCAGGAGAAAUUUGCAGGCCACGACACGUUUUUUUUAAAUUGUCUCUCAGCACAUUACAAAAAUAAAUGGACACGAGGCAAAGAGAAAAAGCAGAAACACUGAUACUAAUUAGGGCUGGGUAUCAUGGACAAGCGGUAGAAAAUGAAUGGAUUGAUGGAUGGAUCAUGGCCAAUUUCCUAAAUCAAUUUGAGGCUUCAAAUCGAUUAAUCAUGUCAAUAUUAUAAAUGUCUCAACUCUCUUACAAAAUAAACAUCUACAUAAUUUUUUCACUUCACCUCAAAUAGGUACUGUAGGUGUUUUAAUGUAAACUUGUAAAUUGGACAGUUUAACCUGUAAACAAGACUGUGUCAAAGUGCAGUUUGGAAAUAAAAGGAUUUCAACUGAAACUGUACUUGUACUGCAACAUUUCAUCACUGCAAAUUGCAUUGAGGUGCAAAAUAACAGUAAAUAUGUAAGCUAUUUAUCGAGACCCUUAAUUUGGACCAUCUAACCGUAUAUUCAUGGCCUACGGAGAAUUGAGUGGUAAUGCAAGUGAGUCCCUUCAUUUUCUUUAGUUUUGCCCCUGUCGGCUUUUUGUUUGGAAGGUAGGGAUGUAACCACAUAUAAACAUUUUAGUGAUGCACUGAGAUUUUGGCCAUUGAAAAUUUGGUCCAAAAUUGCACGGAAGCAGCAUUUCCUUAAUGUGAUGACAUAAGCAAUAGACACGCAAUUGUCUGGAGUGGAGGGUGUGGACAUUCUUCAAUAUAUCAAACAAAGACCCGCAGACAGCAAUCUGCAAAAUGUGGAAAUAUCAAGAGUGCAAUGGCAGCUGCUGGUCUUUUAAGGAGGGGAUUCGCUAGCCAAAUCUGCUGUGCAAAGCUAGUGUGACCGCCUCUGAACACCUGCUUCUUGUCGGAGACGCUGCAGAAAGAGAAGUCAAGUGUCUCCAAACGCAAGUACAGUCUACGAUAACACCAGAAAAAGAUGCUAGAUUUGUCGCCCGUCAAUUUUAAAUGUGGAAAAAGUCAUUAAAAAGUAUGGAAAAGUCACCAGAUUAACUCAGAACAACUAAUUCGCUGAUUUCCCUGUCAGAUCAUGCAACCAAUCACGCGGACUCCCAGCGUCCGGGCCUGCCCACUGUCCAUAGACUCCCAGGGACGCUGAGCGUGCGAUGGGCGGGACAAAGCCGAGCAUUUACGCAAUGACUGUCUAGUUUAGCUGCACUUCAACAACCGUUGACUUCUUCUUUGGAGCAAGUCGAUUCAAUCUCUGCCGCCAUUCAGUAUUUGGCAUAUCAUUGUAUUAUUAUUAUAAAAUAUAUAUUUGAUUUCAUAUUGUUGAAAUACCAGUAGUGAAUAAACAUUUUUAUAAUUGCUUUAUUCCUUUAAGGAUAAAUUCAAUAGUAUUAUUUUUUGCAAUUGCAAUGCCGUGAUUUUAGUGAGGUUAGUUCUCCUAUUUUCCUUGGCAGAAGAAGUAAUAACUAUUGGUCUGCCAUCUUAAGAGACAUAUAAUAGUAUUUGAGUGUUAUGAUGAUUUUUGCCUUCUCUGACUUAUAAUGUUGUUAAAAUGUUUUUUUUUGUUUUUUUUUAUAAAGGCCAAAGGGUCAAAUCAUGAGGUUCAUGCAUUUCGGUGGUAGCUUGCGCGCAGCUUUGAAAGCCCACAGGGUUUAGAGUAUUUUUUUAACAGUGGGGAAUCGGGGACGUCACUGAUUGACAGAUUUACUAAUGUGGGCAUUUCUAGUGUGCAGCCCGCAGAGCUCCUACCCCUCUGCUUCACAGACUGUGAGAUUGUUUUACAGGUAGCUGCUGCUGCCUGGAGCUUUUGUGUUAUUCAUUCUCGUCUAAUGCACUCCCACUUGUUCUGAUCAUGUCUAUAAAUAAACACGUCCGUGUUCAUUUGUAUUUA